AUGCUUUCUUCCUCCCAUCACCUCACUCUCCUCAGUCUGGCACUUGCUGGAGCCUGGUUUGCACCUACUUCCCUCGCUGCGAGCUGCGACUUUGAACCAGUCGAUAGAAAAGAAUGCGCUCAGGCGAUCUCCCAGAUCGUUUACGACCAACCAAAGAAUAUCCUUGACAGAGUCUCGUCCAGGUUUGCGAAGCUGUCUGGUAAUUGCACCAUAAUCGUCUCGGUCCCAAAUAGGGGCGUAGUAACCAAGCAGCAGCUCGAGGCGGGCUUUAACAGCAUCUUCGACCAGUGUCCAUCUAUUACGGGUCGAGCCCCGUUGCCGAACUCGGUGGAGCUGACAGUUCAAGACCAUCGGGCGGAGCAUGACACGGAUUAUUUCCCUCCGAGCAACUUGGCUUGUGGUCUCAACGUUGGGGCACCAUUGACAGUCGACAACGAUUGUCAGACUGCGUUCAACAGCAUCCCCACCGAUAACAAGGGCCGCAUGCUAGGUGAUAAGGGCACGUCGGCGCCUUCCAUAUUGAAGACAUUCAAAACCUGCACGGUACUCAUCUACACAACCGAUGCCUCUUUCCUCAUUAUUAAGAAAAAGGAGAUUGCUCCUGUGGUAUCGAAGACGAUCAAAGAAUGUAAAGGAAAAUCCGGCGUGAUAAGUCAAACCAAGGGAGGAGCCGGUAAUAAUGGUCUCACUGUGGUCAAAGUGAGAAGUAGCCUCCGCUGUGGGAGUCGAAGCGAUUCUGAAGGCCAAUUUUGUGCUUAA